CGUGAGAGAGAGAGAGAGAGAGAGAGUUGAAACAAGCAAUGGAUGAUCAGUUGGCACCAGGUUUUAGGUUCUACCCCGCAGAGGAAGAAUUGGUUUCUUUCUAUCUGCGUAAUAAGCUGCAAGGCACAAGAGUAGUGGACAUCGACAGGGUUAUACCGACUCUUCAUAUUUAUGAUUACAGUCCAUGGGAUCUUCCACAAUUUGCAGGAGAGCGUUGUCGUGGAGAUCUAGAGCAAUGGUUUUUCUUCGUUCCAAGGCAAGAAAGGGUAGCCCGUGGAGGAAGACCUAACCGGCUCACGGAACAAGGAUACUGGAAAGCAACUGGCUCUCCUUGUUUUGUAUAUUCUUCACAAGAUCGUAUAAUUGGUAAGAACAAAACAAUGGUUUUCUAUGCAGGAAGAGCUCGACAUGGAAGAAAGACUGUGUGGAAGAUGAAUGAGUAUAAAUUGAUUGAAUUUUCUGAAUCUUCCUCUUCAACUGCUGCAAAUCCACAGUUACGGGAAGAAUUCAGUUUAUGCCGAGUCUACAGAAAAACAAAAGGCGUGAGGGCAUUUGACAGAAGGCCGCCGCCACCAGAUGAAGUGGUUGAAGGCCACCAAUUAGUGGCGGCGCACCACCAAAAUGUGGUAACAACAUCUCAACAAAAUCAUCCAUUAGCAGACGCAACAAAUCACUUAUUCGAUAAUUCCUCAUAUCAUAUUGCUAAUAACUGGGAUAUGGCUGUUGAAGAAAAUGAACCUUGCUCAUGGGACUGGGAAUGGUUUGAUUUUACGAACAUUUGAACUGACGAUUUUGAAACUGUCCUAUAUAUGCCUUGAUCAGUUGGACACAUAACAAAAUUUUCCAGUAGUUAAGCUUCGCAUAGGUAUAUUAUGAUCCUUGCAAGAAAUAUUUUAUUGAGCACAAGAAUUUUUUAUUUUAACAAUUAGGAGGUUAAUCUUAGCACAAGAUUCUGGCCGGUUUCAUCUUGAGAGCCAACUCUGUUUGAUGAGAUUUUU